AUGUCCACAAUUAUAACCAUCCCCCAUGAAGUGGAAGUGGGUGGAUCGACAUACUAUCAAAUCAAUAUCAAACUCCCACUUCGUUCAUUCACGAUAAAGAAACGGUAUCUGGAGUUUCAGCAAUUGGUAUUGGACUUGAGUCGAAAUCUAGGGAUUGAUAGUCGAGAUUUUCCGUAUGAUUUACCGGGGAAACGUAUCAACUGGCUUAACAAGGCCAGCAUCAUUGAAGAACGAAAAGUGGGACUUGCAGAAUUUCUCAAUAAUAUCAUUCAGGAUUCCACACUUCAAAACGAACGAGAAGUGUUAUCGUUUUUGCAGUUACCGUCUAAUUUCAGAUUUACCAAGGACAUGCUACAAAAUAAUCGAGCCGAUUUGGACUCGGUGCAGAAUAACUGGCACGAUGUCUAUCGUAAGUUGAAGCUGGACAUACUCAAUGAAUCAUCCAGUAGUAUUAGUGAGAAAAUUCAUAUUCGUGAUCGAAUCAGUCGUGUAUACCAACCACGAAUUGUUGACUUGGUCAAGACAAUUGGUACAGGUGAUGAAGCGAUAAAGAAGAAGCAGUUGAUUGCCCAAUUACAAGAAAGUAUUGACAACUUGCUAGCUCAGGAGGUUCCAAAAUCAAAGAGGGUGUUGGGUGGAGCAAUUAAGGAAACGCCAGAAACUUUACCAUUAAACAACCACGAACUUCUUCAGCACCAAAUACAAAUUCAUCAAAAUCAAGAUAAAGAACUAAACCAGCUUAGAGCCUUGAUUGCUCGACAAAAGCAAAUUGGCGAGCUAAUUAAUGCUGAAGUAGAAGAGCAAAACGAAAUGUUGGAUCGAUUCAAUGAGGAGGUCGACUACACGUCUAGCAAGAUCAAGCAGGCGAGACGUAGAGCAAAGAAAAUAUUAUAG